AGAUGGUUAACACUGUACAUAACCUCCUCACAAAUUGCACAGCUUCAGCAGCAACACAUCCAUUAGUCUGGAAAAGACAGCGUUCCCAAGUGGCUCCUGUGCAUUUUCCCCCCAAUUCUCUUGUCACAGACCAAUCCUCUGUGUGCUUUUCCUGUAUGUAGGGAGUGUUCUGCACUAAUCAGGUCAAUGAUCAUCCCAAGACUCAAGGGACCUGACAGGAGCUUUAGUUAGAGGAUCCCUCGGACCAGGGCUCGGCUGGUAGGAAAUAUUACACUGAAGCAAACAGCUCACUUGCAGCACGAUCUUACUCACUACAGGAGAACGUCUCUGGAUUCCAGCUUGUCUUUUUUUUCCGUUUGGCUCCAGUAAAAAAGGCAGGAUAAAAAUAAAAGACAGCACAAAACAAGCAGCUUCUGUGCUGUGUGGCUGUUGGAUCCAUCAGAAUCAGAGACUCUGCUUCUUUAUUCCACUGCUGUAGGGCAGAAGGCAUCUCAGUAAGAAGUCACUUGGUAAAAGGCAACACGCAGAGUUAACAAAAAAGGUUGUACCCCGAAUGUGGAAAAUAACACAUAGCAAUGCUCUAAUGAUCUAAAAAGAUCCUUUGCAAACUCUUCUGUUUCUGACACACGAAUUCCAGACAUAUGCUUCUUUCCAGGAAGUUUCCAUUUUUCUCACCAUCAGAACAAGAAGCAUCUGGGAUUUAGAAGGACUUUUUAAUCUAAAUAAAACAUUUCAACACAUUGGUAUUUUGAAAUGGAUCAGAAUGCUGUCUUUUGAGAAUCAGGCCUUAUUUCUUGGUUUUGUAUGUCAGCUAAAUAUAAAACUGUGAAAUGCAUUAUCUGAUAAGGAAUUUAUGAAACCAUAAAAGAUUUGCUGGCACAGAGCAUGGACUCAUUGGAGCUGUCAGUUAUGAUGGGCUUCUCAGACUCUUUCUCCUAGUAAUACUGUACAUUUUCCAUUCUGAAAGGAAGUCUUUAAAACCGAAAAGAAUUUGAAUUUUCUGAUAAUUUGUUAAAAAAAAAUGAUUGAAGCUGUUCCUUGAAAAAUAGAUAGGCAACUUCAUCUUGAAAUUAUGCACCCAGGGAUGGAUAUACAUGUGAUGGCAAAGUUGUCAGCUGAAGAAGUGAUAUAUCAUUUUAGUACAGUAAAAGUCCAUGUUGCAUGGUGAAGUUAAAAAAGUUCAAAGCUGGAUCCUACAAUUUUGCUACACGUAUUGGAAUUUUAACACCCCGGCUGUAGGGAAGUCUUUUCCAAUGCUUACAAGGAACUCCUUAUCGCUGCUUCUCUGGUUAUUUUUUGAUGGAGGUCUUUUAACACCAUUACAGCCACAGCAGCCACCACAGAUUCCAUCACUGAAGCAGAGAGAAAAUGCUAUUAUCACAAUGCCAGGACCAAGAUCAGCCGCUCAGCGGGUUAAACGAGGCUGGAUAUGGAAUCAGUUCUUCGUGCUUGAAGAAUAUAUGGGUUCUGAACCACAGUAUGUGGGAAAGCUUCAUUCUGAUGUGGACAAGGGAGCUGGGUCAGUAAAGUAUACUCUACUAGGCGAUGGUGCUGGAACAAUCUUUACAAUUGACGAUACAACAGGGGACAUCCAUGCAAUUAAAAGCUUGGACAGAGAAGAAAAGCCCUUCUACACAUUGCGUGCACAAGCUGUGAAUAUAGUUACUGGAAAACCUGUGGAAUCAGAAUCUGAAUUUAUCAUCAAAGUGCAGGACAUUAAUGAUAAUGAGCCAAAAUUUCUUGAUGGUCCUUAUGUAGCCAAUGUUCCUGAAAUGUCUCCAGUUGGUGCUUAUGUGCUUCAAGUCAAAGCUACAGAUGCAGAUGACCCAACAUAUGGAAGCAGUGCAAGAGUGGUUUACAGUAUCCUUCAGGGACAACCUUAUUUUUCUAUUGAUCCUAAGACAGGCGUCAUCCGAACAGCAUUACCAAACAUGGACAGAGAAGUGAAAGAACAAUAUCAAGUACUUAUCCAAGCAAAGGACAUGGGAGGACAGCUGGGAGGAUUAGCAGGAACUACCACUGUCAAUAUCACUCUGACUGAUGUCAAUGACAAUCCACCCCGCUUCCCUAAGAGUAUAUUUCACUUAAAAGUACCAGAAGCUUCUCCAGUUGGAUCGCCAAUUGGAAGAAUACGUGCAGUCGAUCCUGAUUUUGGAAGAAAUGCAGAAAUUGAAUACAGCAUUGUUCCGGGGGAUGGAGGAAAUCUGUUUGAUAUCAAAACUGAUGAUAACACACAAGAAGGCAUUAUUUUUCUUAGAAAGCCACUUGACUUUGAGACCAAGAAAGCAUAUACAUUUAAAGUAGAAGCUGCCAAUGUUCAUCUGGACCACCGUUUCAACUCUGUUGGGCCAUUUAAAGAUAUUGCUACUGUGAAAAUAAAUGUUUUAGAUGUUGACGAACCUCCUGUUUUCAGCAAACCUUCCUAUACAAUGGAAGUAUAUGAGGACACACCCACUGGCACAAUUAUAGGAGCUGUGACAGCACAAGACUUGGAUAUUGGAACCAGUCCAAUUCGAUAUUCUAUUGAUGCCCAGACUGAUGCUGACAACAACUUUGUAGUAGAUGCCAAUGAGGGAACAGUGGCAACAAAUGCAUUGCUGGAUAGAGAAAGUGCUGCACAAUUUAACAUAUCUAUUAUUGCAAGUAAAGUUAGCAAUCCUCAAUUGGCCAGCCUAGUGAAAAUCAUCAUAAAUGUUUUGGAUAUCAAUGAAUUUCCACCAGAAGUAUAUCUACCCUAUGAAACAACAGUCUGUGAAAAUGCCAAACCAGGACAGAUCAUCCAAAUUAUUGGUGCCGUUGACAGAGAUAUGUCACCAGCAGGACAGAUUUUUUCCUUCAGACAGCCAUCUGAUGCUUUAGCAAACCCCAAUUUUACCAUCCAUGACUACAAAAAUAACACAGCUGGGCUACAAGCACAAAGGCAUGGAUACAGCCAUAGACAAAAAGAAUUGUAUCUCCUCCCAGUGGUUGUAGAGGACAGCAGUUAUCCUAUUCAAAGCAGUACAAGCACAUUGACUAUUAGAGUUUGCAGAUGUGAUUCUAAAGGUGUUGUUUUGUCUUGCAACGUUGAAGCUAUUUUUUUACCAGUAGGGUUAAGCACUGGUGCUUUAAUAGCAAUCUUACUGUGCAUCAUUAUACUUUUAGUUAUAGUUGUACUUUAUGUGGCAUUACGACGCCAGAAAAAGAAAGACGCCCUAAUGACCUCAAAAGAAGAUAUAAGAGACAAUGUCAUUCAUUAUGAUGAUGAGGGUGGUGGUGAAGAGGACACUCAAGCAUUUGACAUUGGUGCACUUAGAAAUCCAAAGGUAAUAGAAGACCAGAACAUUCGCAGAGACAUAAAGCCAGAACAACUUUGUUUGCCUCGUCAAAAGCCACCAUCAGAAUUUAAUACUGACAUUAGAGACUUUAUUAAUGAAAGGCUACAAGAGCAUGACGCAGAUCCAAAUGCACCGCCAUAUGACUCAUUAGCAACAUAUGCUUAUGAAGGAACUGGAUCUGUAGCUGAAACUCUCAGUUCAAUAGAGUCACAAAGUAUGGAGAUGGAUCAGGAAUAUGAUUUUUUAAGUGACUGGGGACCUCAUUUUAAAAGCUUGGCAGAAAUGUUUGGAAAAGAAAAUUAUAAUCUGGACAAAAUAACUUAAUUUUCAGAAAAGAAGAAUGACAAACAAUUAAAAGCUUUACCUGGACUAUGUAAAAAGAACACAUACACAAUUUUAUAUUAAAAUAUUUCUUUUUUUUUCCUGUGUGUUUCACAGAGAGAGCAACCCUGCAAUGAAAGUGCACACAUUAUGCUAUUUUCAUUGAAACUGAGAAAAAACUCAGGUCUGUUACAUACAAUUAAGACAUGACAACUGUGGCAUCAAGGUGGAAAGAGAGGUAGAUUUUUUUCUUAAUUCCACUAAAGUGCCUAUUGAGAUUUGAAAUGCUAGUACUGAUGUAUGCAAUCUAACUAGAAUAUAUAUUUUACCUUCCACACAUUUUUUCCUUAAAUAGAAAUCUAAAAUCCUAUAUUGGUUGUUCUGGGAAAUCUAGAUAUUCUACCUGAACAAAAUUCCCAACACUGUUGCCACUAGAGAAAAUAUUCUCUACACUGAGAAGAUUUUAUUCAUAGAUCCCACUUCUACUAUUUGUUUAAAAUAAAAAUGUUUAAGAGACAUUGGGGAAAAAUAUAGAAUAUCGUUUUCUUGCCAAAAUGGCUGUUAGUUUUAUUUGAAUAUUGGUUAUUUAGGUACAGAAAAGCAUUUCAUCAUUUUCAAGGCAUGUUCACAGAGGAGAACGGCUCUAGGAAAUACAUGUAAAAGAUUAUUUGAAAUGCUAUACCAUAGUUAAUUAUUCCAUUCUGCAAUUUCCUUCUAAUAUGGAUAUGUGUCUAAAGCAUAACACGUCAUUAGAUUAUUCACUAAUAGUUAUCAUUACAUUUAAAAAGGGGAUCUAAAUGUUGGUUAAACACAUUUUCCUGGUUUUACCCGGAUUUUUGCUAGACAUAGGUUACAUUUCUAGUCCAUAAAACUGUUCUAAAGCUCCCCAAAGCCUCAUUGCCUCAAAAGGACUGACCUACAGCUUUAUUUAUAAAAAAAGAGAGAGAGAGCUUUUAUUCUCAUUUGAAAAACUUGAAACAUAGACAUUUUUUAACAUGUGCUUAUUUAUUAAAAACACAAAUUGUGAACAAAUUAAUAUUGAGAUUUAUAGCGUCCUUGAAUUGCUGUAAAAACAUGUAUUUGAAUGUUGUUAAAUGGCCACAAAAUCAUUGGUAAGAAAACAUCUCAUUGGUGUAUUACUUUACAUAUGUAUUUACCU